GGGACUACCGAGCGGGGCGCCAUGUCGCGGCGRCGGUGGCGCGGCCCUCAGGGCGCCGAGGGCGGCGGACGCGGAGCCGAGAUGGGGAAGAUGGCAGCGGGCGGCGGCGGCGGUGGCUCUGGCCGAUACUACGGCGGCGGCGGCGGUGGCGAAGGCGGGAGGGCUCCUAAACGCCAGAAAACCGAGAAUGUGGAGCCGCCGCCUCACGGGCCCGGCGGGCCGGGGGGAGCGGGCGGCGGGGCCGGAGCGGGAGGAGCGGAGAACUACGAGGAUCCCCACAAGACACCGGCAUCGCCCGUGGUUCACAUUCGGGGCCUCAUCGACGGCAUCGUGGAGGCAGAUCUGGUGGAGGCACUGCAGGAGUUCGGACCCAUCAGGUGGGGACACUGUGGGGACAUCUGGGGACAGCCUGGGGACACUGUGGGGACAGCCUGCGGGCCCGUGCAGAGAAUCGUCAUCUUCCGCAAGAACGGCGUGCAGGCCAUGGUGGAGUUCGACUCGGUGCAGAGCGCCCAGCGCGCCAAGGCCUCGCUCAACGGCGCCGACAUCUACUCGGGCUGCUGCACCCUCAAGAUCGAGUACGCCAAGGUGAGCGUGCUGGGGACACCUGGGGACA